AUGUCCGGCCAGGAACAGCAACAGAAGAAGCACUCCAGUGUGCCCCCUGUGGUCCACCACCCACCACCCCAGCAGAAGCCGCCAUGCUGUGGCACGGAGACCCAUCACGUUGCCAAGCCCCCCAGUUGCGGAAAGCCCAAGCCGGACCAGCACCACCAGCAGCAGGAGGAACAGAAGCCCAAGCACAAGAGCUGCCACUAA